ACAGUUUAACAUCCAAUUACAUUUAAAAAAUUUUAUAAUGAAAUUUGAAAAGAUUGUAAAUGAUGAAGUACUGGUGAAAAAACCACAUAAGAUUGAAUGGCAAAUUAUUUGGGCAAAUGUUAUUAUUGCCAUAUAUAUUCAUUUUACUGCCCUUUAUGGAAUAUACUUAACCACCUUUUAUCCUAUUAAACUUUGGACUUUCAUCUGGUUCUUCGCUGUUGGUAUAUUUUCAAAUAUAGGAACCACUGCUGGCGUUCAUAGAUUAUGGUUUCAUCGGUCUUAUAAGGCAAAGUGGCCGAUGAGACUUAUUCUUAUGAUUUUCCAGACUAUUUCUUAUCAAUGAUAAGAAUGAUGAGGGAACUAAGAUAUUCGACUUUUUCGAAGAACAUUGAGAGGACUUCUUCGAGUUAUUAUUUAGCACAAUUGCCAUUUGAUCCAAAAACAG